UCUAUUUUCUAAAUUAAAACAAAAUGGCUGAUGCUUUGGGCAAGGUGUGUCGUUAGAGUUUCGAGUGAUCAGCACGUCUCCAUUGGACAUCAGUGAAAGUUUUGGUGUUUACUGCGGCUCUCCUGGACAUCGAGUCCUGCCGCGUGGUGCCGCAGCCCGCGCCGAAAAGGGGCUUCGCCCCUUCGCGACUUGCCGCGCGCGUUCGGAGCCCUCGCUCCAGAGAAUUGUUCAGAAUAACAUAGGUGAGCCGAUCUCAAUAUAAUAAUACGACAGAAUGUCUUCAUCACGACGUAACGGCUCUGUGUCCAGGGCUGCUGUUGCAGCUUCUAAGAACCGCUUGCACAUGGACAGGAACCCACAGCAUGCCAAGAUUACUGGUGGGUGUGUUGAUCCAUCAAACCCCGCGGGCCGCCGCAAGGAGAUAGACAACGUGAUGAAGAGAGCUCGGCAGUCGUCUCCGGGCAGCUGGGACCGCAAGCUGCUGCAGGUGGAGGAAAAGGACCCUAACAGAUGGCGCCACACGGGCUACAAGCAGUUGUACUUGGAAAGCGGAUCCCCGCGCCGCUCGCGCUCCAGAUCACCGGUAGUGCGCCGGUCUCGCUCGCCUCUGGGUCGCCGGUCUCGCUCGCCUCUGGGUCGCCGGUCUCGCUCGCCGCUGGGUCGCCGGUCCCGCUCGCCGCUGGCGCGUCGCACCCGCUCGCCGCUGGGUCGCCGCGAGCGCUCCCCGCUGGGUCGCUGGUCACGCUCACCCCCGGGGCGCCGCUCUCCGCUGCGCCGCACAUCCGUCCAGAGGAAGUCGCGCUCGCGGUCCAUAAGGCGUAGUCCCAGGCGCAGUCCCAAGCGCAGCCCGAAGAGAUCCCCACCGAGCCGCCGACCGCCCGCGCCGCGCCGCGCGCCGCCCCGCCCGCGCCCGCCCUCGCCCGCCGACCCGCGCCGGUCGUCGUCGGGCUCCAGCGACAGCACCUGCUCGGACGAGUCGUGCUCGGUGUGCUCGGGCAACAAGAAGACGGCGCCCGCCGCCGCCAACAACAACAAGAGUAAACCACCCGCGGCGCCGAGCGCGUCGUCCAGCAAGCGAGCGGCGGCGGCGGGGGCGGCGCCCACCCGCGAGCUGAUGAAGGCGCGCGAGGCCAGCAAGAGGAGCCGCGAGGAGAAGGUGCUGGAGUGGCAGCGGUCGCAGCUCGGCGUCCGGGCCGCGCCCCCGCUGCACCCGGCGCAGAUCAAGCGCGAGGGCGAGCGGCGGACGGCGGGCGGCGCCGGCGCCGGGGGCGUGUCGGUCGCGGUGGUGGCGGCGGCGCUCACGCGCUCGUCGUCGGAGGAGGAGAGCGAGGCCAGCGCGGACGCGGCGCCGCAGCGGCUCACGCUGUCGGAGCGCUUCGGCAAGAUGGCGCAGUGGUCGGCGGCCCGCGGUGCGCGCGUGCAGAACAUGCGCAUCACGCGGCGCGCGCCCGGCGCUGGCCUGCACGUGCACAUCGAGCCCGCGCCCGCGCCCGGCCCGGACGGCGCGGCCGAGGGCGCCUACCCCGAGGAGUUGGCGGCCGCGGCGCCGGGCGGCCUGCUGUCGUGGGACGACGUGCGUGUGCGCUACGACUACUACAAGCAGCGCGGCUACCUGCGCGGCCUCACGCUGGCCGACUACGUCAAGUGGGAGGAGUGGUGGUACAAGUAUCAGGAGUGGCUUAAGCGGGAGCGCGCCUACGAGCGCUGGGCCGAGCAGGACGCCGCGCCACCGCGCCGCGAGCGCCGGCGCCGGGGCGGCCGCCACCGCCGCAGCUGAGGGCGCGCCGCCCCCGCCGCCGUCCUGUGUGUGGACCUGGCGGGGGCCGCGCCCCACUGAGCGGCGCGACACCCUGGCGGCCUCGUCUAGCGCGAUACAGUUCACUUCAAGUGGUAAUGCUGCCUCACCGGGUCAGCUGAUCAGUGUGAUGAUGUGAGUGCUUUAGCUGACCUCGGGACUCGUGUGAAGUGAUUUGUGCGCGCGUCGCUCCUGGAGACGACCAGCCGUCAAAAAAUAUGGACGUUAGAUUGUGACUAGAUUAUAUUAUUAUAUACAGAUUUAUAUUGCAUAGUGUAGAUAUAUAUUAUAUUUAAAUGUAUUAAUUGUAUAUAAGGUAUUGUGGUGAUUAAUGCGGUUUGCAGUUAUCAAGAAACAAUUAAAUAUAAACAGUGAUAAACUUGAAACAAAUUUAUUUAUAUGUAUUAAUUAUAUUCAGUUGUCCUACAAUCUUAUAUAAAAGUGUGUAGUGUUAGUGAUGAUGAAAUGAGGUGUGAGGCUUACUCACACAGACAUAUUGUUGUCAAAUAUAUGAAUCAGCCAACAGGCUGUUCAAAAUGUAAUUAAGAUGAACAAUAAAUCAUGAAUUGAAAAUCAAUUAAGUGUUUGCACAUCAAAUAACUGACAAUAUGAACACACCAUAAUGACAUAAUAUUAAUUGAAAUAUUUCUUUCAACUUAAUUAUUCAUUGUUCAUGGUUCAAUCCAGCCCCAGUAUUAAGACAAACAAAAAAGAAAGUACUUAUACAAUUCGGUCGGGCUGUUUUUAGUUUUAACAUGUCUGAGUAAUGGACAGCAAUUGAUUUUUAUACAACGUGUUAGAAAAUACCCCGUAAAAAAAUUAAUUAUGAUCUGAUCAAUCACUAGUUAUUCGCUGGUGACCAGCGGGGAGCCAUGCAGUACCGUCUUAUUUAUAUUUGUAUGGUCAGUAAUGCUUAGUAAUGCUUUGAACAAGGAUUCCCAAACUUCACGAUUCUUAUUGGACCCACGGGGCAAAACAUUCACAGUAGAAAUAUUUGAUUUCUAUUUUGUUUUUUUUUUUUUUUUUUUUUUUUUUUUUCCUUUUUUUGUUCUAAAUAACGUAUUUCCGCGUGAAAUUCAUUGUGAACUUAUUAACACAAUGAUGCCUUGUGUACAUCUACUAUAGCCACUCGCACGCGUAGCUUUAUGCCCGAAGUAGAUCAUAAUCCAAUCAAACCCACUGAUUCUAAAUCGAAAAUGUAAAAGAAAAUUAUUAGAAUUAGGGAAGAUCCAUUGCUUUUAAAAAUAAGAAUUAUAGUAAAGGUAGUGUCGACUACGUCACAGGUUAUUUCAAUGUUAUAAAUGUUGAUCUUUAGCGUUAAUUCCAAUAAGUUUCACAAGAUCACCUCGAGACAUGUUCAGGAGUUGUUCACUCGCCUAACGUUGGAACAAGAGAUUCAUUCUUGCGUGUUCGUUGACUUUAUGAAACCCGGAAUUAACUCCAAAUACUAUAAUUUAUAAUAGAUACCUUCGUUGUCGACACAGAUCAUUAGCCGGUGGUCAGAUAAAACAUGUAACACCUUGACCUAGUCCAUGUUACUCUUGUAAUAUAUAACACAUAUAUAAUAACUGUAGAACAAUAUUUAUGAACAAAUGAACAUCUUGUUAUAGAUAUACGUUUUUAGUACAGUAGAGCCUUGAUAAUCGGAACUAGCAAAACUAACCCCUGUUCGGACUCACGAAGCGUUCGGAUUAUAGUAUGUAAGGAGAAAAAAAAACAUUUUUAUUCUUAAAAUAGUGUUUAAUUAUAUACAUAGUUUAAGAGGUACAGUAAGCAACGAGCUGGGCUUUACAUAUUGACCUUGGGAACGCUCUUAUUACAAGCAGCGUAAGGACUACAGUCGUAAUGCAAAUAAAAAGCCCGGCUCGUUGCUUACCGUACAUUUACAUAAUAAUUAGGUACCAUAAAAUACGUAAGGUGUAAAUUGUCUAUUUAGUCAUAAACUGAUCUAUUUUAGUUUGGCGAGUCCUGUUGAUGGACCAGAAAAAAGCUUUGUCCCUCAAGUUACGUAGCAUCAUCUUUUCCGAUAAGGACAGGUCAUUUUCUUCAGCCCACUCCAAGCAAGUGUUCAAAGAUGAUAUGGCUUGUGAAUGAGUAAUUUUCUUGACAUUUGAAGCAAAAUAAUCUUCAGCUAAAGACUCGUCAUUCUCUUGCGUUAUUUGGGUUAUGAUCUCAUCAUCAGUUAUAGGAUCUGUGCAAUUCUCCUCUUCACUCAUGGACAAGAAAGUGGAAAUGGUUUCUUCUGUAUAACCACGAUUACGUAAAAGACUGAGCGGGAGAUCGUCUUCUACGUCGAACUCAUCAUUUUCUUCUGAUCUAUCUUCUGUUGAAUUUAUUUUUUCAGGCCAAAGAGGCUUCCAAGAUUUUUCGAUAAGAGACGAUGAUACAUGAUCCCAACAUUGCGCUAGCGAAAAAAUGGCGUCUUUAAUUGUGACGCUUUUUAUAACAUCAUGCAAGGUUAAAGCCUCAUCGGCUUCUUGCUGCACGAACAUUUGAAUCAGGAGUUUCUUUUUGUAAUUUAUCUUGACAUUUUGGAUUACGUUUUGAUCCAUAGUUUGGAUCAAAGGCGUACAAUUUGGAGGCAUGUACAGUACAGAGAAGUUGCCGUCUUCUGUUGUCAAAUCUUCAGCAUUUGGAUGUCCAGGGGCAUUGUCUAAGAGUAGUAAUGCUUUUUGUGGCAGUCCCAUUUUUUUUAAAUGGCGUUUGACUUCUGGAACAAAAUGGCCUCUAAACCACUCGAGAAAAAUAUCUCUGGUUACCCAAGCACGCCUCUGCCCUUCAUAAUGCACUGGUAAUUUUACAGAUCCAAAAGAUCUUGGCUUUUUUGCCUUCCCCACUAGCAAUGGUAAUUUGUGAUUCCCUGUAGAGUUUGCGCAAGGCAUAAAAGUUAUUCGCUCUAUAGACACUUUCGACCCAGGAGCGCUAGUUUCAGCAGAAGAGGCUAAAGUUUUGUCCGGCAGAACCUUCCAAAACAAUCCUGAUUCGUCGGCAUUGUAAAUUUGUUCAGGGCAAAGGUUCUUUUCUUUUAUCUCGUUUAGGAAUUUUUCUUGGAAUGGUUGAACAGCUUCCGUAUUGCUAGAGACUUUCUCACCUGACACUUUCAGCUGACGUAUGCCAUGACGUUUUUUAAAAUUAUCAAGCCAUCCUCUACUUGCAGAAAAAUCCGAACCUGUUAGUUUUUUAUGGAAGAAUCUCGCUUUUUCCAUUACGACCCCACCAGACAAUGGAAUGUGGCGUCGUCUUUGUUCUAAAAACCAUGUGAACAGUGCUUCUUCUAGCACUGGAUUCUCUGGUAAUUUUAGAGUUUUUCCGAACCCUGGUCCUUUCUCAGUUUUAGCUAUAAAAGAUCUCAAUUCUUGCUCAUUUUUCUUGAGGUCUGUAAUUGUUGAUUUUCCAACGCCAUACUUACAAGCAAGAGAAGUUGCCGACACUCCGUCCUUUAAACUGUCUAGUAUGGUGCACUUUUCGGCUAUAGUCAAAGUUUUAUGUUUGCGUUUUGGUGUUGGAACCAUCUUUAUAACCUCAAAAAACACGCCGCGCACGAGUACAGAGCAGAAAAACGUGGAAUGGACGCGCAACGUGGCAGUCGUAACUGCAGACUAAUUAAUAAACAACAUAGCAGCGAGGCGAAGGCGAGGAAGUGGGGUGGGGUAUGCAGUUCGGAUUAUAGCGACGUUCGGAUUAGCCUGAGUACGGAUUAUCGAGGCUCUACUGUAUUAAGUAGUUUACUUUUAGUAAAGGUUUAUUUACAUUGCAGAGUAUCUUGUGUCUGUCACUUACUGUUGUUGCGGUGAUAUGUGGACAGCCAGCAGCACUUACGGCCUUAGUAAUAAACUUGGUAUAAAGUUAUACCUAACAAUAAACCAAGAAUAUGCAAAAUGUUUACAAAAAGACAUUUUGCUUGAUUGGUUGAUAUUAGUUAGUGUGUUAGUUCUUACUCCAUGCCCAGGCUGUCCUACAGACUUGUAAUUGUUUAAAAUCAGAGGAUUUGUGCUUAUUGGGUCUCUUAAACUUGUUCGUGACACAUUCUGGUAACAGUUCUAGUGGGAGAGAAAUGUGGCAACAGCUUACUUUGGACUUCCUCUGAAAGUGUAUCGUGAAAAUAUCGUAAUAUAAAAUCGUGUCUGGUGGAUCAUGUUUCACACGCGGUAAUAUAACUAAUUUAUAAAUAAUAAUAGUUUACAGUGUAGGAAAUUAACUAUUAGAUAUAAAAUGUUGAUGUGUGGACAUGAGAACAAGAGAGUUGAUGUCGUGUCAGUGUCGGGCCCAAAUAACUGAUUAUACUUGAUCUAAAUGAAAUGAAAUCAUGUUUUAGUAAAAUGGCCAGCAGUACAGGUGUAUGUGGCCCGUCUUAUGUAAUAUGUUGUAAUACUGCAAAUUAAUGAUUAACUUAUUAUUAUAUUGGUAAAUUAUUGUAAUGAACUAAAUUAUAAUUAACAGUAAUUGUGUCGUGGCAGCUUGUUUACUGUAUGCUAUCGUAAUAAAACUUGAUUAGUAAUUCA